AAUGAAUGUGUAAUUGAUGGGCUGCCACUGAAGCAUGAUCCUAAGAAAGGGCAUGGAGGAAAGUACACGUGGGAAGGUCCGGAGAAGGAGUUGGAGCUGGAGACGCCGCCGCCUGCUAUAGAUGAGAAGGAUCCGAACUAUGUGGAAGAAGAAGAAGGGGCCGAGGGUGAGGGUGAGGGUGAGGAUGAGCAAAAUUUGGUAGUUGGCGAAGUUGAGGUGGCUAAGGUGGCGGAGGAAGGAGUGACGAGGGUUGAGGUUGAGCCUCAUUUGAAGGUUAACUGAAUGACUUU